CAUCUCUAGUUUAUUCCGUAUUGACCACAGACACCAAACAUCAACAACAUCCGAUAUACAUAAUUGUAUUUUUAAGACUCGAUGUCGAUUUAUUUGCAUUGUCUAACAACAAAUGGCGGCUUACCCAUAUUUACCCGUAAAAAGGGCGAAUGCGAUAAUCUGCCCUUUUCGACUGUAGCUUCUCUGAAUGGAUUUCACAUGUUCUUCAAAUCACUCGGCAUACAACUGCAAACCACACAUACAGAAGAAUGGACUUAUAUUUGGCGUGACUUUCACAAUGCAAUCACUUUCAUUGUGUGUGGCCGUGGUAUGGGCGAACUUCAACUUCAGGCCCUAGCGGAACUUGCUUUCGGAGGAAUAGCGCUUUUUAUCAGUCGCGAUGAGUUAGGCCAUCCCGCUCUCCUGGAACGCCUAAAGAAGGAUGCCAAAAAGUAUGUGCCAGUUGUGGAUGCUGCUCUGGAAGCGUCUAGCUCUGGUACAACUCUUUUGGGCUAUACGGACUGUCUACUGGCAACAGAAAAUUCGCAUCUAUUCAACCGUUUAAAUGAGUUCAGUGCCAAUUGUGGGUCAUUGUUCUGCUGCCUUGUUGUGGGCCAGCGUAUUGCUGUAGCCACUGAAGGUUGGUGGGAUUUGGAAACACUGGACAGGGAGCUUUUGCUCUUUCUGCUCAACUCUUCCAGUACUCUGCAGCUCGACGUUCCCGUGUACCUGCCAAGCAAAAGUCCAAAUAUUGCCUUUCGUUUCGUCACCGUGCCCGUGUCGGCUAACAGUGCGAUCUGCGUGCUUUGUGGCGCUGAAUCUGCGUACCGAGAGCUGCAUCUAAAUGCCAUGAAUGCAUUUCGCAAUGAGAACAAUCUGUUAGCCAACGUCGAGCGCUGCGUUCCACGUAGUCUGCCGGAGCAGCUGGAAAUUGAUGCACAUGUCUUGGCAAUUAUUCUGAUUAAUACUGAAACGCGCAAAAGUGUCUUUACCCGCAAUCUCCACCAAUCGUCGAAUGCUAAGCGCAUUGUCGUCGGCGACUUGCAGCGUUUGGACAUGCUGAAGAAAUUCUUUGAUCACACCUUGGAGAAUAUGCAUGAAUUGAAAGUGGCUAAAGACGAUUGCAACGAUGCAGUAACAAGAAAUUCCUCGAUUAUGUUGGAUCAAUACAGUUGCUCUGACUAUCACAAGUGUUAUGCGCAGGCGGAUGACCAAAAUAAUGUUAUUUUCCUGCUUUUCGUUGCCGCGGUGCCAACACAUGCGAUGAGAUUUCUUGCGAAACAAGUCUACGCUAGCCUAUUGCAAGAUAAGGCCGUCUGUUGGUGACCUUCUUGGUGAGCUUAUUAUCACCGAGCUUAUAAGACUGAUGAUUGGAAUCCCUAAAAUGGGCCUAGAAUAUUUUAUAUAUAUUUUAUAAGAGUAGUUUUCUACAUCGUUUGUAUUUAUAUUUAGGUAAGAAAGGUCUAUUCAGAUAUUCUGUUCAAGGACACAUGAAGGAUACUUUUAAUCUGGGUACAGGGUAUUUUCUAGUGCUUAAUCUCGGCUAGAGAUUGCAUUUAUUUGGUGAUGGAAUAAAUAUAUCUCUUAAGAA